AUUCUACUGAGAUACCUGAAAAAAACAAACAAUUUCUUUUGUUUCCAAUCCAUUAAUCGUAAAAUAAAUUAGCUCGCCCGAAGCGAGGCAAUACUCAUUUCGGUGGUCGUGAACUUGAUUCCGUCGAAGCGAUUCCGUAUAUGAGCGGUGGCGCGCCUUCGAUUCAAUUCCUAACCCAUGGAAUCACCGGGUGCUUUGAGGGACACGUCGGUUAUCGUGGUGACGCUGGACUCCGACGAAGUCUACAUCAUUGUGAGCCUCAGCACCAGAACGGACACUCAGGCAAUCUACGUCGAUCCAACCACCGGGGCGCUUCUCUACUUUGCCAGGCCAGGGUUCGAUCUGUUCAAGUCGCAGGGUGAGGCCUUGGAUUUCGUCACCAAUGGAUCGCGAUUUGCUUGCAAGAGCAGGACUCCCGCAAGGGCGAUAUUAGGAUACGCCGCGUUCGGGAACGUGGCGAUGCUCCUCGUCGCGACGAGGUUGACCGCCAGCGUUCCCAAUAUGCCGGGUGGCGGUUGCGUGUACACGGUGGCGGAGAGCCUCUGGAUCAGGAUUCCGCUGCACAAUGCGGUGUCGCUGGGGAAGGGAGAGGCCAAGAACGUGCAAGAGUUGACGGAGCUUGAUAUUGACGGGAAGCAUUACUUCUGCGAGACGAGGGAUGUUACGCGCCCUUUCCCAAGCCGCUUCCCGAUGAGUCAACCUGAUGAGGAGUUUGUUUGGAACGCGUGGUUUUCUACGCCGUUUGUUGAUAUUGGCUUGCCACGGCAUUGCGUCACGCUACUGCAGGGGUUUGCAGAAUGUAGAAGUUUUGGAAGCUCAGGUCAACUCGAAGGUAUUGUGGUUCUCAUAGCUCGUCGAAGUAGGCUUCACCCGGGUACUCGAUACUUGGCAAGGGGGUUAAAUUCAUGUUUCAGUACAGGAAAUGAAGUGGAGUGUGAACAACUAGUAUGGGUUCCCAAACGAUCUGGUCAAAGUGAACCUUUCAACACAUAUGUGUGGCGAAGAGGCACUAUUCCUAUCUGGUGGGGUGCAGAACUGAAAAUUACAGCUGCAGAAGCUGAAAUUUAUGUNUUUGGAUUUUUGAGCUUUCUCUACUCCUUUGUUAAUAGCACUUGUGUUGUGACAUUUCAGUGGAAUGUGAUUAAGAAAGAUAUCACAAUUUUCAAGUUUCUAUUUCCUCUAGAGGAUUCGGGCACAACAAUUGUCAAUAGUAAUGUAUUCAGCCUCAAUAAUGGACAAAGCCACACAAGCAUGCUUCUUAGAGUGCCAUGA